AUGGUUUCUGGGCGAGUACUGAUCAUUGCCGGCUCGGAUAGCUCCGGUGGAGCCGGGCUAGAGGCAGACCAGAAGGUCAUCGCGGCUCAUGGGUGCUAUGCCAUGACAGCCACAACAGCUCUCACUGCGCAGGACACUACGGGAGUGCACGACAUCCAUCAUGUGCCGCAGGAGUUCUUGGUCAAGCAGAUUGAUGCCUGCGUGAACGAUAUCGCUACGAUUGGGACCGUCGUCGAGGCUCUGAAAAGGCAUCGCGUGCCGAAGAUUGUAGUUGACCCCGUCAUGAUUGCGACCAGCGGCGCGGAGCUUCUCCCGAGAGAUGCGGUUGCCGAGCUUCUUGAGGGUUUGUUAAAGAUCACGACGGUUCUUACGCCGAACAUCCCCGAGGCCAAGUUGCUUCUGCAGGAUGCUGGGUACGAGGGCGUCGAGGUUGCUUCCGUGGCGGAUCUGGAGGAGAUGGCGAGAAAGGUGAAGGGUCUUGGACCCGAGUGGGUGCUUGUCAAGGGCGGGCAUGCGCCGUUCAAGGCGGACUUCACCGUUGCGAGGACGGAAGAAGAGAAGGAGGUUGUUGUGGAUGUGCUGUAUGGCGAGGAAGGCUUGGUGAGGAUCGAGAGCCCGUAUCAGGCGUCGAAAGACACGCAUGGGACUGGCUGCUCGCUUGCAUCCGCUAUAGCGUCGGGUCUUGCGAAGGGGCUGAGUGUACCCGAAGCUGCGAGGGCUGGGGUGAGGUAUAUCGAGGCUGCGAUCCGGACGGCGCCUGGUUUCGGAAAGGGGCAUGGGCCUUUGAAUCACUUUCACUCCAUUCAGACUCUGCCUUUUGCGCCGGGCCGGUUCAUCGAGUAUAUGUUGGCGAGGCCUGAUGUGAAGGAUGUAUGGGCAGAGUUUGUGUACCAUCCCUUCGUCAUGGCUAUGGGUGAUGGUACGCUUCCUUUGGAGUCGUUCAAGAAAUAUCUUGUCCAGGAUUACCUCUAUCUGGUCCAUUUCGCUAGAGCCAACUCCUUGGGAUCUUACAAAGCAAAGAACAUCGCGGACAUCUCAGCAGGUGCCACCAUUGUCAGCCAUAUCGCCCGCGAGAUGUCUCUACACAUCGAUUACUGCAAGGGCUUCGGAAUCACGGUGCCUGAAAUUGAGGCCACCGAAGAGCACCAAGCAUGCACAGCAUAUACCCGCUACGUCCUCGAUGUCGGACAAAGCGAGGACUGGAUCGCCCUACAGAUGGCUUUGGCUCCUUGUUUGUUGGGCUACGGUGCCGUGGCUAAACAGCUACACGGCGAUGUCAAGACGAAACGGGACGACAACACGUACUGGAAGUGGAUCGAGAACUAUGUAGCCGACGACUACGUCCAGGCCGUGAAGACAGGCUCUGAGUUGAUUGAGAGACAUGCCGUUUUGCAAAGUCCUUCCAGCAUAGAACGUCUGAUCAAGAUAUUUAUUCAUGGAACCAAGAUGGAAAUCGGCUUCUGGGAAAUCACAAACAUGUCCUACGGCGGCGGAUACGGUGGUGGUGGCCAGGGCGGCUACGGAGGAGGUCGUGGAGGCGGUUACGGCGGUGGUCGUGAUCGCGGCGACAGAGGUGAUCGCGGUGGUUACGGCGGCGGUGGCUACUCCAACGGAAACGGCUACGGCGGCGGCGGUGGUGGUUACGGCGGCGGCGGCGGCGGUGACCGCAUGAACAACCUUGGCGCCGGUCUUCGCCAGCAAGAAUGGGAUCUUAACUCUAUGCCCAAGUUCGAGAAGUCCUUCUACAAGGAGCACGAAGAGGUUGCCACCCGCAGCCCGGCUGAGGUCGAGUCUUUCCGCCGCAAGCACCAGAUGACCAUUGCUGGCAACGAUGUUCCCAAGCCCGUCGAGACCUUCGACGAGGCUGGUUUCCCCAGAUACGUGAUGGACGAGGUCAAGGCUCAGGGCUUCCCCGCGCCUACCGCCAUUCAGUCUCAGGGUUGGCCCAUGGCUCUGUCCGGUCGCGACGUUGUCGGUAUUGCCGAGACGGGUUCCGGAAAGACCCUCACCUACUGCUUGCCCGCUAUCGUCCACAUCAACGCCCAGCCCCUGCUGGCUCCCGGCGAUGGUCCCAUCGUUCUCAUUCUUGCUCCUACUCGUGAGCUUGCUGUUCAGAUUCAGCAGGAGAUCUCCAAGUUCGGAAAGUCUUCUCGCAUUCGCAACACCUGCGUCUACGGUGGUGUUCCCAAGGGACCUCAGAUCCGCGAUCUCUCCAGAGGUGUUGAGGUCUGCAUUGCCACUCCCGGUCGUCUGAUUGACAUGCUUGAGGCGGGCAAGACCAACCUCCGUCGCGUUACUUACUUGGUUCUUGACGAGGCUGAUCGCAUGCUGGACAUGGGUUUCGAGCCCCAGAUUCGCAAGAUCAUCGGCCAGAUCCGCCCUGAUCGUCAGACCCUCAUGUGGUCCGCUACUUGGCCUAAGGAGGUCCGCGCCCUUGCCUCCGACUUCCUUACCGACUUCAUCCAGGUCAACAUUGGUUCCAUGGAGCUCGCGGCCAACCACCGCAUUACCCAGAUCGUCGAGGUCGUUUCCGAGAGCGAGAAGCGCGACCGCAUGAUCAAGCAUCUGGAGAAGGUCAUGGACAACAAGGAGAACAAGAUCCUCAUUUUCGUCGGCACCAAGCGUGUCGCUGACGACAUCACCCGCUUCCUUCGUCAGGAUGGAUGGCCUGCUUUGUCUAUCCACGGUGACAAGCAGCAGAACGAGCGUGACUGGGUCCUUGACCAGUUCAAGACGGGCAAGAGCCCUAUCAUGGUGGCUACCGACGUCGCGUCGCGUGGUAUUGAUGUUCGUAACAUUACUCACGUGCUGAACUACGACUACCCCAACAACUCGGAGGACUACAUCCACCGUAUCGGUCGUACGGGUCGUGCCGGUGCCAAGGGUACCGCCAUUACCCUCUUCACCACUGAUAACUCCAAGCAGGCUCGUGACCUUGUCAACGUGCUGAGAGAAGCGCGCCAAGAGAUCGACCCUCGUCUCGCAGAGAUGACCCGCUUCGGAGGUGGUGGUGGCGGUCGCUACGGCGGCUGGGGACGUGGACGUGGUGGUGGCGGCGGUGGUAGAAACAACAAUGCCAACAACGCUCCCCUUGGUGGCGCCCGACGCUGGUAA